UCGCGAUCAAUGGAAUAUGGCACAACAAGAGGUCCAGUUGCGAUGUUGGUCCUGUGACAGCUGUGUUUGAAACUCUUGUUGGCAUGAGUUAGAGCAAGGCAAUUUCGACCUCUGUUCUUGCAGAUAGUUUAAAGAUAGUCUGUUUCUGAAGCGUCGGACCCCGGGCACAUGAUCAACACGAUUACGUGGUGGAUGAGAUCCGAUUGUACCAAGUUCAGUGACGCAAAUGCACGCUCGCAUCGCGUUGAUCUGAAUGGCAGUUUCAUAGCAAAGCGUGGGAAAUAUGUUCACUCUUAUUCGCUUGUCCAGAAACAAUGCAGGCGAAGGAGCCGUAUCUUGAAAGCUAUCUUCAUACCUGAUUCCUUCAAUGUGCAGUGCAGAAAUGGGUCUGAUACAAGAACGCCGAAAGCUCACGUACGCGCCGGCCCGCGAAUACGCCCCCCGAUGUCAGAUCUGUCUCCGGUCAACAGUGGCGCCGCAGAUCUUCCCCUCAUCCGCCUGCCAUUCCUAGUCUAGACUCCGAAGUAACGGUCUUGCAUGCUCCUUUCAAACAGGCUUGCAUAUCAUGGGCAAAUUACCGCAUCGUCGUACAUGUUUUUUGCCGAAUCUAAUGAUCGCAAUGGACUUGGACAACGUCCUGUUAUUGCGAGAGCCCCUUUUUCGUAUGAUUUAUGUACCAAGAAUCCUUCUACCUCUUCGGACAUUCUAUCAUCUGCGGGCGUGUGUUGGUUUGCACCAAGUAAAUAUAUAGUAUCCUGCAUUUCUGUAGAAACAUUCCUCUCCCUAGCUAGACCUCCGCUUUCUUGCACUGCUGCGAUGCAUUAUGCAUUAUGCAUUAUGGACAUGAACUAUUUCGGUCCCCGAAAUGCGUCACCGGGGGUAACUGUUCGGUAUGUGGAUUUCGAGCGGUUCAUGGUGCCGGAUGCAUGCAUCAGUGACAUUUGUCUGGUUGCGCAUCGGAUCAUGAGUGGGGUAAGGCGUGCCACUAUUUGA